GCUCUCAUUGAUAAGACACUUCGCGGUUCGACUUCUCGACAGCGAUCCUUCCUUCUUGACGAUGAGGGGAUUUUAUGCCGGUUCAGAUGAUGGUGGUGAUGAAACGGCGUGCGAGGCCAGAGAUACAUAGGGUCCUCCAUGCCGGGUGCCGAUGCCACCGGCUCUAGGGCUCUCUCAUCUGGGAAGCGGCUUGCCUGCAGUUAACAAGAGCACAGAUGCGUGGCGUGGCAGGAGGAUUUUGGUGUCCGUGGAACGCCAGUGCUCCUUUGUGGGAAGGGGGAAGAUGGGGAAACAGACCACCUUGGGUUUUUCCGCCGAGUCCAAGCUGCAGGAAGCGCUGAAUGCUGCCGUUGUUGGCCAUCAGGGUUGUGUCAAUGCCAUUGCAUGGAACGCCAAAGGCUCACUUUUAAUUUCUGGUUCAGAUGACACUAGAUUGAGGGAGAUACUUCUCAGGAUAUGAUGGAAGGCAUCCGAACGGAAUAGACAAGGAGGCGAGAUGGACGCAUGACACAUUGUUUAGAUAUCUUAGGAGUGUUGUAAAGGCAUUUAUUUCCUUAUGAGUCUUUUCUUUAUUUGUAUGAGUUGUAUUAGUGUUUUCUUUGUUCUUUGUUUUUGUUAAACUCUUUUGGUUGUGAUGCUAUUAUUCAUGUUGGGUA